GGUGGGGAUUGUGGGAGGAAAACUCCAUUUCCUCCGGCCCCGCCGGCCUCCCCCUGCCCGAUGUGCCGCGGCCGGGACCAUGCUGGGCAUGUACGUGCCGGACAGGUUCUCGCUCAAGUCGUCCCGGGUGCAGGACGGGCUGGGGCUCUACACGGCCCGCCGAGUGCGAAAGGGUGAAAAGUUUGGACCAUUUACUGGAGAGAAGAGAAUGCCUGAAGACUUGGAUGAGAAUAUGGAUUAUAGGCUAAUGUGGGAGGUCCGUGGAAACAAGGGCGAAGUUCUAUACAUUUUGGAUGCUACCAACCCGCGACACUCCAAUUGGCUUCGCUUAGUUCACGAGGCACCAUCUCAGGAGCAGAAGAACUUGGCUGCCAUUCAAGAAGGAGAAAACAUCUUCUACUUGGCCGUUGAGGACAUAGAAACGGACACCGAGCUUCUGAUCGGCUACCUGGACAGCGACCCAGAGGCCGAGGAGGACGACCAGCACUUCAUGACAGUGAUCGAUGAAGAGGACACUGAAAAUCCUGAGGAACAAGUGACAGCCGGCAGCAGAGAUGGUUCUCGAGGCAGGGAGGACCACGCCUGUCCCCAGUGUGAAUCCACUUUCCCCAGCGAGGCGAUCCUGGCGGAGCAUCUGCAGACCUUGCACCAGAAGCCUACAGAGGAGAAGGAAUUUAAGUGCAAGAACUGCAGGAAGAAAUUCCCAGUAAAGCAGGCUUUGCAAAGGCACGUUCUACACUGCAAAGCGAAAAGCAGUCCGAAGGAUUCUUCUCGAAGUUUCCAGUGCUCUGUGUGCAAUGCCUCCUUCAGUUCAGCACCGAGUUUUGAGCGGCAUCAGGAAACUUGCCCGGGGGAUGCCCGGUUUGUGUGCAAGGUCGACAGCUGUGGGAAGAAGCUGAAGAGCAAGGACGCCCUGAGAAGACACCGGGAAAACGUGCACAUGGGAGAUCCCAAGAAAAAGCUUAUAUGCUCAGUAUGCAACAAAAAGUGUUCUUCAUCUUCAAGUCUGCAGGAACAUAGAAAGAUUCAUGAGAUAUUUGAUUGUCAAGAAUGUAUGAAGAAAUUUAUUUCAGCUAACCAGCUAAAACGUCAUAUGAUCACCCACUCAGAAAAACGACCCUAUAAUUGCGAGAUUUGUAAUAAAUCUUUCAAGAGACUUGAUCAAGUGGGGGCCCACAAAGUAAUCCACAGUGAGGAUAAGCCUUACAAAUGCAAGCUUUGUGGGAAGGGAUUUGCCCACAGGAAUGUUUAUAAGAAUCACAAGAAGACCCACUCUGAGGAGAGGCCCUUCCAGUGCGAGGAGUGUCAGGCGCUGUUCCGGACCCCGUUUUCUCUGCAGAGACACCUGCUCAUACACAACAGUGAGAGGACCUUUAAGUGCCAUCAUUGUGAUGCCACCUUUAAGCGGAAGGACACCUUGAAUGUCCACGUCCAAGUGGUCCAUGAAAGACACAAGAAAUACAGGUGUGAGCUCUGCAAUAAGGCCUUUGUAACACCUUCUGUUCUCAGAAGUCAUAAGAAGACACAUACAGGAGAAAAGGAGAAAAUCUGCCCCUAUUGUGGCCAGAAAUUUGCCAGCAGCGGGACCCUGAGAGUUCACAUCCGCAGCCACACAGGCGAGCGCCCCUAUCAGUGUCCUUACUGUGAAAAGGGCUUCAGCAAAAACGACGGGCUGAAGAUGCACAUCCGGACUCACACCAGGGAGAAGCCAUACAAGUGCUCCGAGUGCGGCAAAGCCUUCAGCCAGAAGCGGGGCCUGGACGAGCACAAGAGGACUCACACCGGGGAGAAGCCGUUUCAGUGUGACGUUUGUGACUUGGCUUUCAGUCUGAAGAAAAUGUUGAUCCGACACAAGAUGACGCAUAACCCCAAUCGCCCCCUGGCAGAAUGCCAGCUCUGCCAUAAGAAGUUUACAAGGAACGACUACCUCAAAGUGCAUAUGGACAAUAUCCACGGUGAAGCUGACAGCUAGUGGGAGCUGGAAAGGCCUAAAACCAUUCCGAGGGGCUCCUAAUAGGAAACCCAGAGGUCUCUCACCUGAUUAACGGAGCAGAAGUUGCCAAAAAUAAUUCAGUGGUCUCAGUUUUUUCACUUGCCUACAUUUAGAACCUGUAGAUGUGAAGGCAAAAAGUAAAUUCCUACUUUUACCAACCUAUGGAACACUUAGAAAAGAAUGACUCUUGUAAAAUGGAAAAAGGAAUCUUGACUUUCUUUCUUAAGAGACCAUAAGAACCUUAAUGAUCUCCAUUAGGUCUUUCUAGCAUUAUUAUUCUUGUGUGUAUGUCUCUGCACACAUAGAAGGUUAUUGCCUCUGGUUAUUGAUAAGUUAGCCCUAAAAAAAUCAAUAUAUCAACAAUUUCAUUGAAAAUAAGGGUGAAGGCAACAGCUUUCAAAAUCCCAGUCUCAGAGAAAGGGUAACACUUGCUUUCUCAGGAAACGUCAGUCUUCGUGUGACCUACAACAGGUCAGUUUACAGGAGAGGUGUUUAAAAACAAAAACAACCCUUGAAACAUUUGUCCUCUUAAACAAGAAAUCUUAUUUCUUCUCAUCAUACAUUCGUGCCUUGGAAUACUUUUGUAAGAUUGCCACAAACAUGACCCAGGCCCUACUCCCCCUUUUUUUAAAAAAAAUUUUAUUGAAUCACCAUGAGACAGUUACAUGGAUAGUAUCAUGCUAAGUGAAAUGAGUCAGAAAGAGAGGGACAGACAUAGAAGGACUGCACUCAUUUGUGACAUAUAGAAUAACAUCACGUGAGGCUGACACCUAAGGACAGUAGAUACAAGGGCCAGGAGGAUUGGCUUAUAGUUGGAGGCCCUUCCCCUUUAAGAUUCAUCAGGCUGACUCUCCAGAGUUCAUAGAGGUUCUCGUUGCAAAGUGCUCAAGGGCUGAAUGGAUGGCAUAGUGGCACGGGGGUUAGAUGUGAGUGAUGAUGAACCCAACCCUUCACCUGCUCAUCGUAGGUAGGACAGUCUACAUGUUCAUGCAGGUGUCACUGCAGGAGAGCAUCAGCAUUCUGUUCUGCAAAAGACAUUUCCAAAAAUCUUGCCCGACAGUGAUGAUGAAACACUUUCGAACUCCCCUCCAUCACCCUCUGUAAUUUGGAGUCUACUGUGAAAGUACAGGUCUGGUGAGUGUGAUGAAAAAGAUGAUCACCGAUGCUUCAGGGACACUGAAGUACAAACUAUACUUUCCUCCUUAAGGUUAUAUUCCUGUCAUGUUCUUAACAAAUCCUCUGAGCACCGUGGGUUGGAGGGAGACAGGGUAAUGAUGCCAUAGCAGCAAAGAGAAAGCCCCAAACCCAGGAAAGACAAAGCCCAAAUUGGGAAUAUUUCUAUUUGGCAUCCAUUCAGAAGAGAGGAAGCAUAAUUUGAAGGAAAUGAUUUGAUUCUAAUGACUUAAAGAUUAUCUGAAGCUAGAGGGUUUUUUUUAAGUUAGGAGUCUCAGUUUAGAAUUAUAAUUUUUGCUCACGUCCAGUUAGAAAUGUAACCCAAUAUAGAUGUUUUUGUAAAAGUGCUAAAUCGAAACUCCCGAAAGAUAACUUUCAAAAAUAUCCUUCCUUAGAUUAUACUUUAGAGAACAUCAAAAUAUGGAUACAUAUACUUUAUAAAACACAAAAUAUGGGUACAUAUAGCAUUGCGUAUCUGAAGUGAUACUGUUUUAUAAGACUCGAUUUUGGUCUUGUUUCUCACUGUUCUUUGUUUCAACAGCAUAUUUUUAGAUCUAAAGUGCUUUGAAUUUACUAUGACAGUGUGUAUAUAUCACUUGAAUAUAAAAGGACAGCUGGAAAAUUGGGUAAUGUGUAUUAUUUUAAAGCUUUCUGCCCAUUCCCCGCGGAUGCCGCCUUCUCUUUAGCAGACGCUUCAUAUCCUAAGUAGGUGACAAAUGUGAACCUGACAGGAAGUCAAAUGCCAAUUUCGUGUAAUCUCAGCGACUCACAAUUCACAGGGCUUCGGGGGAAAUGACCCUCCACAUCUCCCUGUCACCAAGCUGCCUGCAGGGAAAGUGAUGAGCAAGAGGUGCUGAGCGCGUCAGGCUGAAGGUUUGUUGAAAGGGAAAAUCAUAGUGAAGACCCUCCGCUAUAGUCUUUCUUGUCAAAGAACUGAAACCAAAGCAAACUGAAGGGCUACUGGUAAACCACAACACUUAAGAACUUAGCAGUAAUUAAAGGACUGCUCCCCGUCUCCCCCCGACCCUAGGCUGAGAAACUGAUGAUCUCACUAGAGAGGCUUUACAGGUGAACUGGACUACACAUUCCUUUCCUGUUGUAGACUGGCUCAAGUAAUUUGGUGGCAAAAGACCAAACCCUCGGGACUGAUUAAUUGUAUGACACGUUCAAGAAUACUGGAGGCUUUCCCAUCUCCUUUAUAAUUUCCUUUGUAUGUUACCUUUCCAGGCAUUUGUAGAUCCCUUAUGUAGAUCGUUUAUAUGGCUAUUGGGCCACACCCAUUCAAGGAACCAUAUGCAGUGCCCGGGAUUGCACUGGGGUUGGCCGCAUGCAAGGCAAGCACUCUACCCUUGUGCUUUCUCUUCAGCUCCAGUUAUUUUUUUUAUUUUACAAUAUCACUUUUAUUCCAUACUUAGUGCUGUUUUUAAUACUCAGUGCGUUUUUAAUUUCUUAGUCCCGCAAUGCAAGGCAAUUAGAAUUCUAAAUUUAUAAAUAGUCUUAAACAUUGUCUCUCCAAAAUUUCUAGUUGCUGCCAUCUUCUUGUCCUGCUAAACCUUCAAAUUUUGGCUUCUGUUGCAUCGUCCUAAUUGGCUGUAAGUGGCCGAAGCCCUCAGCGUCACUGAGAACUCACUUCACUUUUAGUGCCUUGGUCUCUGUGAUGCUUCAGCAGGAACUGUCUGCUUUCCCUUCUCCCCCACACAGGGGGAAAUGUGCCUCUUUGUAGCCCUCAGUUUUUAGCAUUAAUAUUGAAGUUUGUUUACAGAUAUUUAAAUGGAGCCUUCAUUAAUACACCCAGACUUCAAGGCAAUUAGACUUACUAUUAGGAGUUUUUCAAUAAACCAUUGCUAUGGUCGAUGUCAGUGUUGUAUUUUACCGUAGAGCUGUAACUAACACCAUUUAGAGUUAAGUAUAAGUGAACGUUUUACAUGCAAGAAGGAAGUGUAAUUGCUGUUACUGCCAGGUCUCCUUGCUCUUAUAGUGACAGUUACAUCUGAGCAUUUCUGUAUCUGGAAAGUGUAAAAGUGAAGCUAGAUUGGGAUGAGGAUUCUGAGACCCAGCAAUUGGAGCUACUUCUCCCAUUCUCAGUCCCUCAUCAAGCCAUGUCGGAACAAAGAAACCCAAGGACACUGGCUUUUCUGCACAAGAAUUACCCUGGUAUUCACAAAUGGAAUGUAAUAAAAUACAAAGGUGAUAACAGUUACAACUCAUAUGUGUCAGGUUUUUGGGGUGGGGGACAUACCUGGCUACGCUCAUGGAUCAUUCCUAGCAGAGUUCGGGGGAUCAUAUGUAGUGCUGAGAAAGGAACCUGGGUCAGCAGCAUGCAAGGCAAGCGGGCACACUACCCACUGCACUGUACUGUCUUUCUGCACUGUCUCUCAGGCCCAGGUAUUCUACUUUUAAAAAGUGUUUAUCAUCCUGGUGUAACCUCGGUGUUCUGGGGUUUCUUCGAUUUUUUUUUAAGUCUUCAUGCAUCUCUAAGCAGAGAACAUAUGACAAUUCACGUAUUACUAUGAUGUCACCUGCGUUGCUAGAUUUGUUCUGAAACAUUUUAAAACUCAGGAGCAUUCCACCUGGACCACAUCAGAAUAUUCUAGAUUUCCUAGAUCCAUAGUAUAGCAUAGACACUAUCUUAUCAGACUAUUUUAUCUAAUAGUGCUGCCCCAGUAUGCACAUUUGGUUUUUUAGCAGGUGUUUCAAAUACAAUAGUAUAAAAUGCUUACCUUUGUUACAAAAAAAUAGGCUAAAUACUUACUGCUGUUUUUAAUUUCUUAGUCCCGCAAUGCAAGGCAAUUAGAAUGUUUUCCAUUCUUCGGUCCAUGCUGCGUGGGCCUGGUGCAUGGCUGAAGGAAAAAGCAAGGCUUUAAGUCGUGUUGCUUAUCCAUGCGCUGAAUAUUGAGCAAGGAUCUAGGACCGUUGGCACGUCAUCUAAAUUCAGGUAAAGGAAUUUGGAUAAAAUAUUAUUGUUUCUAUCUUGAAAUACUGUAGGCUCAGGGCUGGAGCAGUAGUACAGGUAACGUGUUCAGUGAGUAAGGCAAGGUGUUUACUCUGCAUGCAGCAGACCCAAGGUUGAUCCCAGUGUCCAGUAUGGUCCCCUGAGCCUGCCAGGAGUCACCCUUGAAGUGAAAGCCAUUGAAGUAAGCUCUGAGCACAGCCAUUAUGGUCCAAAAACCAGGGAAAAAAGUGGGGGUGCAUACUAUAGGCUUACUAGGCGCUCAUUACGAUUAGAAAGUUCAAAAGUAAAAUUUAUUUGCUUCUGCUAGCUAAUAUACAAAUGAGAAGAAUUUCAGGUCAGAGUGGACACCUGACUUCUUCCAUUGCUUCAUUUUGUUUUGUUUCUUGAAGGCACCAAAUACUGCUCUUUUCCUUAAAGUUAAUUUUUUUUUGGUGUCUAUUCCAUGAUGUGAGAUGGAGGGGACUUCUUUUCCACUUUAGUGAAAACUGUAUGUAAACUUUAGCUCUGCUUCUAAUAAACCACCUCUGGUUAAAAUCUCACAUUUAAAAAAUAAAGA